AUGAACUCUAUCGGCUCCUCGUUCCAACCCGAUGCCUCGGGCACGGCGCCCAAGCAGGGCCCUUUCCUGCCGACGCUGAAGCUCAACGACGGCAACGAGAUUCCCCUGGUUGGGUACGGUCUCGGGACGAAGAGGGGCAAAUGGGGCGACGCUGCCUCUGCCCCGCUAGACCAGUCCAUCGUCGACGUCACCAAGGAGGCCAUUGAGCUCGGCUACCGCCACCUGGACGGCGCCGAAGCAUACGCAAACGAGGAGGAGCUUGGUGCUGCCAUCAAGGCGUCCAAGGUGCCCCGCGAGCAGCUCUUCGUCACCACCAAGAUCAAUGCCAAGGACAAGAAGAAUGUCGAGGAGGCGUUCAACCUCUCCCUCAAGAAGCUCGGCCUUGACUACGUAGACCUCUAUCUGCUCCACGGCCCCUGGUUCGCAGACACGGAGCAGGAGCUCCAGCAGCGCUGGGCCGAGGUUGAGGCUCUCAAGGCGUCCGGCAGGGCCAGGUCCAUUGGCGUCUCCAACUUCCUGCAAGAGCACGUCGAGUCUCUCCUGAAGACGGCCAAGGUCCCGCCCGCCAUCAACCAGAUCGAGUUCCACCCGUACCUCCAGCACGGAGACCUCGUUCCUUUCCUGAGGAAGAACAACAUCGCCGUCGCCGCGUACGGGCCGCUCACGCCGCUCACGUCGGCCACCGACGGGCCGGUCAACGCACUGUGGAAGCAGCUCGCGGACAAGUACGGUGUCUCAGAGUCGGAGAUUGGGCUGAGGUGGUGUAUCGACCAGGGCAUGGUGGUGCUCACCACCAGCUCCAAGAAGGAGCGUUUGGAGCGCUACCUGAAGAAGCUUCCGCUGAUCAAGCUGACACCCAAGGAAGUUUCCGACAUUGCUGAGCUGGGCCAGCAAAAGCACUAUCGUUCCUUUUGGAAAGACCGUUUCGGUCCGGAUGACAGGCGGUAG